GCUGCGGCCAUUUUGUUCUGCGGUGCUGAUAUUUAGAGCGCAGCGGCUGACGGGCCGAUCGCCUUCACAGCCGUCAGAUCGUUUGUUUCCAGCUCGCUUCCCGCUCGCCACUCGCCGUCUUCCCGCCUCGCCUAGCCGGUCCUCGGCCCCACCUCGGCCCGCUGACCUCGCCCCUUCCCCACCCGCAGACAUGUCCGAGGCCAAGAGCGGCCCCGAGUACUCCUCCUUUUUCGCGGUCAUGGGCGCCUCGGCCGCCAUGGUCUUCAGCGCUCUGGGUGCUGCCUAUGGUACAGCCAAGAGUGGCACCGGCAUCGCAGCCAUGUCUGUCAUGCGGCCAGAGCUGAUCAUGAAGUCCAUUAUCCCAGUGGUUAUGGCUGGCAUCAUUGCCAUCUACGGCCUAGUGGUGGCAGUCCUUAUUGCCAAUUCCUUGAAUGAAGACAUCACUCUCUACAGGAGUUUCCUCCAACUGGGCGCUGGCCUGAGUGUGGGCCUGAGUGGGCUGGCAGCUGGCUUUGCCAUUGGCAUUGUGGGGGACGCCGGCGUGCGGGGCACUGCCCAGCAGCCCCGACUAUUUGUGGGCAUGAUCCUGAUCCUCAUCUUCGCAGAGGUGCUGGGCCUCUAUGGUCUCAUCGUCGCCCUUAUCCUCUCCACAAAGUAGCCCCUCUCCAAGUCCACCAGCCACAGAGUAUGAUGUAAAGACCACCCUCUCCUCAUUCCAGAAUGAACAGCCUGACACACAGGCACGGGGAAGCUGCCCCUCACCCCCAGUAGUUGGUCUUGUAAAUGCGCAGUGUCCUAGUGCCCAUCGUCUGUUGCCCCCACUGCCCCGUGCUGUGGACAUCUGGGCCCACUCAUCACCCAUCCAGGUCCCCUAACCAGUGAGGAUGCUGGUUUCUGGCCACCUUCACCUCUACCUGCCCUAGAGUGCUCUGUAUAAGGAUGAAUUCGAGUUGUCAUUUUCACUGGAUGUUUAUUUAUAAAGAUUUGACCUGUUCGCACGUUUGUGGAGCAACCCUCCCGUCUCCCAACUAUAUAGUAAUCUUUAGAGUGUUGCUUUGUGGGGUUACCGUGUGCCCUGAGACUUUGGAUGGAAUCACUGCCCUCCAGCCCUGGCUGCGGGGCAGUGUACUGGGCCUGCCAGGCCUGGAGCCUUGUCCAAUAAAAUUCUUGGAUGUGACUGGA